UAUAUUAUUUACUUUUUCUAAAAAUAUUUCCUUAAACCCUAAUCUCUCUCUCUCUCUCUCUCUCUCUCUUUCUCCAUGGGCGUGUGGUAGCCGUCAAGCCCUGUUUGUUUUCUUUCUUUCAUCCGACCAUCUCCGGCUUCCCUUCCGGCGAAGAAAAUCCACGGCGCUCCCUCCUCGAUUGAACAACAAGUGCGCGUCAAAAGCCUUCCGUUCGGCGGCGCGUUUAGUUCUCUACUGAUUCGGCGUCUACUGACGGAAUCAUUUCGACAACAUUGAGUUUUGCACAUUUUUCAGAUUACCCAUUUGAAACCAGACUUCGAACCACUCCAAUUUCGUGUCUUGCGCAAUUUCAACGUUUCAAGCCACGUUUUCCUCUUUCGGAGCUGAUUGGAAAAAUGAGUUUAAUAUCACAAAAUGUUGCUGUAAUUAGCAGUAUUGAGAAGGGUACGGAGGAGAAUACUCUUGGCCCGUCAUCUCCGUUGAGAAACACAGAUGCUAGUGAAGUAGACAAAUCUGGUCUAGAUACGUCUAGAGCAAAAAAGAGAAAGAAAGAACACAGAAAAGAAGAUGAGCAACUAGUACAAGAACAACAAAAGGAAAUGAUGAAGCUUGAAAACUUUCUUUUUGGAUCACUCUAUUCCCCUAUUGAAUUUGGGAAGGAUGAAGAGCAAAAUGGUUUCAAUUCUGAAGAGAAAAUUCCUGCUUUAUACAUAAUGGACCGGUCUGCAGAUAAUUCCCUUUCUGCAUAUGAAGAUGAUUAUAGGGUCCUGGAUGAGAGUACGAAUAAGGAGGAACACCAGCAAAGAAAACCAGUAUGGGUUGACGAGGAAGAGGAGAAGGCCACAGUUAAUAUUACUAAUGUUAGUAGACUGAGAAAAUUGAGGAAGGAAGAAGAUGAGAAUUCGAUUUCUGGCUCAGAGUAUGUGUCAAGAUUGAGAGCUCAGCAUGCCAAGCUAAACCCUGGCACCGAAUGGGCGCAACUUGAUGCACAAUCUAGGGGUGACAGUGAUGAUGAUGAUCUAUCGUCAGAUGAUGAAAAUGCAGUUGCAUUGGCUGGUGGUUAUGAUAAUGUUGAUUCUAUUGAUGAUAUCCUUCGAACGAGUGAGAAUCUUGUUGUGAAGAGUGGUGGAAAAUUAAUGCCAGGUCUCCUUGGAUAUUCAAGACUUGUAGAUGCUAAUGUAGAGGAGCCAUCUAAUGGGCCUAUCAAUUCGGUUCAAUUUCAUCGCAACUCUCAGUUACUUCUAGCCACUGGGUUGGAUCGAAAGCUUAGAUUCUUUCAGAUUGACGGUAAACGGAAUACCAAAAUUCAGAGCAUUUUCCUUGAGGAUUGCCCCAUACGAAAGGCAUCAUUUUUGCCUGAUGGAUCUCAGGUUAUCAUAGCUGGAAGGAGAAAGUUCUUUUAUAGCCUCGAUCUAGUGAAAGCAAAAGUAGAUAAAAUUGGCCCUCUUGUAGGUAGAGAGGAGAAAAGCCUUGAAGCUUUUGAAGUUUCUCCUGACUCUAGCACAAUCGCGUUUAUAGGCAAUGAAGGCUAUAUCUUGUUAGUGUCAAUAAAGACAAAGGAGCUCAUUGGGACGCUUAAGAUGAAUGGAAGUGUUCGUUCUUUGGCAUUUGCUGACGAUGGACGACAGCUACUGAGCUCUGGGGGUGACGGGCAAAUCUAUCACUGGGAUUUGAGAACAAGAACAUGCAUCCACAAGGCUGUCGACGAAGGUUGCAUUAAUGGUACUGCACUAUGUACCUCUCCAAAUGGAGCACUGUUUGCUGCUGGUUCUGACAGUGGGAUUGUUAACAUCUACAACAGACAAGAAUUCUUAGGGGGAAAGAAGAAGCCAUUGAAAGCCAUUGAAAAUCUGACCACCAAAGUAGACUUUCUCAAGUUCAAUCAUGAUGCUCAAAUAUUGGCCAUCUGUUCAAGAAUGAAGAAAAGUAGUCUGAAGUUGAUACACAUUCCUUCUUUUACUAUUUUUUCGAACUGGCCACCGCCGAAGAAGAAUCUUCAGUACCCUUCAUGUUUGGAUUUUAGUCCUGAAGGAGGUUACAUGGCUGUGGGAAAUGCUGCUGGAAAGGUAUUAUUAUAUAAACUACAUCAUUAUCAUCAUGCUUAGAUUUGAUCUCCACAUGCUUAGUCAUUCUCUGGAACAGUUUUGACACUUAAAUUAGUUAUCACAAUCAGCUGUUGCUUUAGACAAGUUUUACAGAUCAUAUGUUGUUUACUACUUUUCUACUUUCUUUUGUUGUUAAGAUUAAAACUCAAUGUUUCAUAAUUUGUUAUGAAGUAGUUUCCUCUUAA